AUGCGACACAAUUUAAUUGAACCGGGUGACAAUGAAGAUAUUACCAACGAACGGCUAGGCUCAUCUUUUUCGGUUGGCAAAUUGGCCGCAUUCAUACAUGGUGGUGAAGAAAAGCUUCGUAGAAGACAUGAAAUAUUGGAGUUUGUAGAGUCUCAGGAGGAUUUUCAAGAUCCCAUUCCACCUGAAUUCAUGAGCCGUAAGGAACGAGUUGAGAAUAAUGCUCGGAAGAUCGUAGCAAUGACCAAUAAAGUAUCGUUUAUUGAUCAGUCGGAUGUGUUCGAAGAAGGACUAUUUUUUCAAAGUCUGAUAAUGGGACGUGAUUUCCAUGCAAUGUCGUUGCACUACUCGAUGUUCAUACCAACUAUUCAAGGACAAGCGGAUGAUGAUCAAUUGGAUUACUGGCUUCCGUUGGCUGUUACUCGAGCCAUCAUUGGGACUUAUGCACAAACCGAACUUGGACAUGGUACUAAUAUUUCCAAGUUGGAAACAACGGCAACAUAUGAUCACAAAACAGAUGAAUUCGUGCUGCAUACACCAUCAGUUUCGGCAACAAAAUGGUGGUCAGGUGGUCUUGGGAAGUCAUCAAAUCAUGCCAUAAUUCCUGCACAACUUAUCAUUAACGGAAGCAACAAAGGCUUACAUAUGUUCAUUGUUCAAUUCAGGGAUCUGGACACUCACAUGCCUUUGCCUGGCAUCACAGUUGGAGAUAUUGGCCCUAAAAUGGGUAUUCCUGGCACUGAUAAUGGCUUCCUUAUAUUCAACAAUUACCGCAUCCCACGUAAAAAUAUGUUCAUGCGUUAUUCAAAAGUCCUAUCAAAUGGUGAAUACAUUGCUCCGAAGCAUUCCAAACUGCGUUAUGGUACAAUGGUAUUUGUACGGUCAAUUAUGGUACGAGAUCAAGCUAUGCAAUUGGCUGCUGCAGUUACAAUAGCUAUACGUUAUUCUGCUAUUAGAAGGCAAGGAGAAUGGAAACCUGGUUCAAAUAAAGAAGUUCAAAUACUUGAUUAUCGAACGCAACAGUACCGUAUUCUUCCUUAUCUUGCUCAGUCGUUUGUGUUUUUGUUUACCGCAACGGAAGUGAAAGAUUUAUAUAUGAGGGUCAGUGAACAACUUUCGGCUGGUAUUACUGAACUGGUGCAUGAAUUGCACAUUCUCUCUUCAGGCUUCAAAGCUGUCAUCACAUGGGAGGUCGCAAAGGGUAUAGAACAGUGUCGAUUGGCCUGUGGUGGACAUGGUUAUUCACAUGUAUCUGGUUUGCCAGAAAUUUAUUCUUUCGCCGUUGCUGGUUGUACGUACGAAGGGGAAAAUAUCGUCAUGCUGCUUCAGGUUGCACGCUUUUUAAUGAAAACAGUCAAAGAAAUACAGUCCAGCAAUGCUCAUUUAGCAGAAAUUGCCAGAUACCUGCUUGGUGAUAAGAAAUAUAAAUCCCGUUUUCGAGUAUGGCAAACAGCUAAAUAUGAGGAUUUGAUUGAGGAUUUCGAACAAGCUGCUAGAAACCAGAUAUAUUCCACAUUUGAUUAUCUACAACAGCUUCAAAAAAAUAAUCUUUCUCCUGAAGAAGCAUGGAACUGCGCUUCUGUUGAGCUAUGUCAAGCAAGUCGACUGCACAUUCUUUGUUUUAUGGCAAAAAGUUAUUUUUUAAAAAUAGCACAAUGCACUGAACCAGAGAUUAUACGAAUAUUGAACCUGAUUGGCAAACUUUACUCUCUUCAUACGAUUUCCACUCAUUGUUACUCCUUUAGGAAAGCGGAUUAUAUGACGGAUGAACAAAUGAAAAACGUUAAAUGUGGUAUCUAUGAAAUAUUGGGAAAAUUACGUCCGGAUGCUGUAGCCAUAGUAGAUUCAUUUGAUUUUUCGGAUCGUGAACUUCAUUCUGUUCUUGGUCGACGUGAUGGUAAUGUUUAUGCGGCAAUGCUUGAAUGGGUGAAACAUUCAGAAUUGAACAAGACUGAAGUAUUAUCAACAUUCAAGAAGUUUUUGGGACCAAUGAUGGAGAGUGGUCGAUCAAAAAUUUAA